UCGUGAACUGUGAUUCUUUGUGCCGCUCGUCGAAGGAGGUGGGACAGUGAUCUCUGCGACGAGACGGAAUAAGAUAGACAGGCAGGAAAAAUGAAGCUCGACCUGGACCGGGAGAAGGGCCUCGAGCUCUUCGGCAAGCUGAUACGUACAAAGAACAUCGAAAGUCUGCAGGGUGAUCAGCCCAAAACCGGUCCCGAGCCACUUCAUCCAGCCGACUCCAAGCAGAAAUUACAGAAGUGCCUGACGACUCUGGACCUGACGUCUUUAGGAGUUGGCUCCUGCGUCGGGACAGGGAUGUACCUUGUCGCAGGAAUGGUGGCGCGCAGCGUUGCCGGACCUGGUGUCGUCUUCUCAUUCAUUAUCGCAGCCAUUGCUUCCAUUUUUUCCGGGGCGUGUUACGCCGAGUUUGGAGUACGAGUGCCUCAUACGACCGGCAGCGCUUAUAUGUACAGUUACGUGACAGUAGGCGAAUUAAUAGCAUUCAUUAUUGGAUGGAACAUGGUGCUGGAGUACCUUAUAGGUACGAGUGCGUGUGCGUGCGCCCUUAGCGCCUGCCUGGAUGCGUUGGCGAACGGUGCUAUUUCCGGGGCGAUAGCCAACAGCGUUGGCACCAUACUCGGACGGCCGCCAGAUUUUCUCGCGUUCGUCAUCACGAUACUUAUGAUGCUGCUAAUGGCGGCAGGAGUAAAGAAGUCGCUGGUGUUCAACAAUGUGCUGAAUGCCAUCAAUCUCGCCGUUUGGGUCUUCGUUAUGGCGGCGGGCAUGUUUUAUGUGGAUUCCAACAAUUGGUCCGAGCAUAACGGUGCCCUCCCCUAUGGCUGGAGCGGGGUUUUCACCGGCGCGGCGACGUGUUUCUACGCCUUCAUUGGCUUCGACAUAAUAGCCACCACCGGCGAGGAGGCGACAAAUCCGAAGAGGAGUAUUCCCCUCGCCAUAGUCUCGUCGUUGAUCAUAAUUCUCGUCGCUUACGUCACUAGCAGCAUGGUCUUGACACUGAUUGUUCCAUAUGAUCAGGUUGAUCAGGAUUCGGCGUUGGUGGAAAUGUUCGGCCAAGUCGGAGCCUAUAAGUGCAAGUACAUCGUCGCAGUCGGUGCGCUGGCAGGCCUGACGGUCUCCAUGUUCGGCAGUAUGUUUCCGAUGCCUAGAAUAGUCUACGCGAUGGCUCAGGAUGGCCUUAUAUUUCGGAGCCUCAGCCAAGUUUGGCCAGCGACUGGCACUCCUGCAAUUGCGACUUUAACUUCCGGCAUAUGUGCAGCUUUCGCUGCGCUGUUGAUCCAGCUGGAAGUAUUGGUGGAAAUGAUGUCGAUCGGUACCCUACUGGCGUACACUCUGGUGUCCACAUGCGUGCUGAUAUUGCGAUAUCAACCGCAUUCGACAAAUUUGAUCGAGUUGCUGCCGCAGAGCUUGCGGACGCCUUGUCGAUCGCCCACGAAGGAAACGCAGGGGAACGGCCAAGUGACUUACGGCAAAGAGCUUAGGCCCGAUCAGCUUACAACCGCAUUGAACUCGGUACAGACGUCCCAGUCGGAGCUUACGACUACCAAUAAUGGGCAACGUAUCACGGUGCGGCGGGUGAGGAGGUGCAACAGCUCGUCACCAGAUUCGGAUGACACGUACGGCGGUGAGGAGGACGAGGUGGGAUUGGGUAAGGACGAUCAGUAUCUCGUCAGCGACAGAACGGAGAAUAAAUUCUACGGCAGCGUGCAUGCGGCUGCGGCUGCCUCGAGUUGCGGUAGCGCUCAUCAGUAUCCCGGAAACACGCCAAUCAUAGGGCCACCGUUGAAUUAUCUGCAGCGUCGACUGCAGGCGGCACAGUACCUUUGUCCUGCUAUAUUCCCGUGGGUGGACAGAGGUCCUGCGACAGAGGCGUCAGGACGUUAUGUUAUGAAGCUCGUUGGGAUCUUAUACGUCUUGAUCCUUAUUUUUGAUUUGAUUAUCGUCUGUGGAAUGGGUAACAUGGGAACAUUUACAACGAUAUUACUAUUCUUAUUUCUCUUUGCCAUAAUUGGUAUACUUCUUGUCAUCAGUAGAAAGCCGCAAAAUAGGAGCAGCGUAAUGUUCAUGACUCCAGGCUUACCUUUUGUCCCCGCAAUCGCCGUUACUGUUAACAUUUAUCUCAUCUUCAAGCUCAGCAUCCUCACCUUGGUCAGAUUCACAGUUUGGAUGAUUCUCGGUUUCAUCAUGUACUUCCAGUACGGAAUCAAGAAUAGUAGUCUGGAAGAGGCGAACGCGUCGGAGAACGUUGAUGACGUCGUCGUUGGCGGUACGGCCGGCAACAUCGAGUUGACCGUGACCGAGCACCAUCAGCGGCAACAGCAGAAGCAGUAUUCGCCAGACCACAGCAUUUACGAGAGCCAACAGCUGGACGCGUUUGGCCAGCCGGUAUUUGGCAGUACGAAUUUCGGCGGCACGCCGAACCAGCAGCAGCAUAUCGGCAUCGGCGGCCAUCAACAGAGGCAAACGGGGGCGGUGGGAAGCGGCCGCCGCAUCGAUCAAACCGCGUCAACGAAGACGGGCAAGAACCUGUUCAUCGAUCAGGAUAGCUUCCCCACCUGGGACGAUUGAAGAACACCGCGCGCGGUAUCGAGAACGGAUAUUAAUGUAUACUUAACACACGAAUAGAAAUGGAAAGAGAGAUAUUAUUACUACUAUAUACAUCUGAUAACAUGUUUGCGCGCGCGCGUGCGACUGAUAUCAGGCGAAUACCGGUGAAAUUAGACUCCUCGGAGAUUGCGGCAGUUUUGAGCUCAAACUUGGAGGGUUGCACGAAGUUCUUUCAACACGCUGUGUUAAUGAGCUGUUAAUAAUUAUCGAGAGUUCAAUGCUCAAAAAGAUUUUAAGACGUAUUUAAUAGAUUUUUCGAGUUUAUCCAAAUUAAAUUUGUAAAAAGAAAAACAAAAAAUAAGUUAAAUUAUGAUUGAAAUUAAUUUUUUAGACUUUUUUUUAGACUUCCUUGUAAUUUUGCUUCAAAAUUUGUAUCAGAAUUAAUGUUCUUUUGUAAUUGCACACAUUGACAUUUUUUUUUUGGAGCUGAGCUUUUUAUUCUUUUACAUUUCUAAGUUUUAAUUUUACAAAAGAAUUUUACACGCGAAUGCGUUGGGACAGUUAUAAGGUGUCUAUAAGAAAUAAGUUGGUCUCCUUAAAAAUUGAUGCUCGAUCGUUCGCUCGAAAGUUACAUAUUUCCAUAUAAAGUACACACGAUGGAAAUCAUUGAAAAGAAAUUUGGUCGGUGUGAUGUAAAUGAGGAGACCAAGAACCGCGAUACUCCGGGAGUCAGACUUGUUGACUAUUUGGGACGAAUGUAGCAAAUAAUAUUGCGGCAAUAUUUAUUAUUCUAGUUGUAUAGUAUCGUCGUUGACGAGAUCGCAGGCGAAGAAGGCGGUUGGGGAUAGAAACGGGUCGAAAGAGCAUUAGCUGUGGCAAGGAUAGAAAGAAAGAGAGGAAUGCAGAAAGAAAGAUGAAGAGACCAUUACCAUUAUUAGUAUAAGGCGAAACUUGUGUUUUCCAAGAGAGCGUUCUAACGGCUAAUAUAAGUUCAAAAAUUUAUUGCUAGUCCGCGAAUGAGAAACGAAUGCGAGAUGAGAAUGAGGUGUGUCGUCGGAGCGACAGGAUGAAUGAAAAAUACGAGUGAAAAUGAGAAAGAAAGAGAGAAAAGCGAGAAAAGCGAGACAAAAUAAGAGAAAGAGCGAGGCGUGCCUGAAAGAAUAAUGAAUAGAAAAGAGUAUGAGAGAGAGAGAAAGAGAGAAAGAAUCCAUAGAAAAGAACACUUUAAUGAAGAAAAAAGAAAAAAACAAAAAUGUCAUCUUUUGCCUAACUUUAGUCUUUCCCAAAAAAAAAAGAAAAAAAAAGAAGUCUAAUCUAACAUAUUAUAAUCGUAUAUCUAAGCUUACUACAAUACUUACAUACGUCUUACCUCGAGUAAACCCUUUGAUUAUUAAUUUACACGCAAUUUGUAUAAAUUAUCUAGGAUUUAAGCGUGCGUCGUCUCCCAACAAUGUGGAACGAAGGAUCGAGAAUGAAUACAAUUAAUUAAGCUGCAGGAUUAUUUAUAUCAAAAAGAAAUAGGAUGAGGAUUUAUUUUUCAAAAUCGCAAAAAAAUUUUAAUCUUGUUCCCAAUCAAUUGAUAUUUAUUUUUCCAACUAUGUUUUAUUUUCAAGGAAGAGGAUCAGAAAAUCAAAUUUUUGUUCAGAAUCAAGACACGUAUUGGGAUAAAUUAAAGAGAACGGAAGGAAAAGCAGAGAUUAGACGAUUUAGUUUCGAAGGAACGAGUUCUCCUCUCGAUCGACUUUACAAUUUGUCCAAUUUCUUGCGGGACUUCGGAGAUAGACGGGAGACGACGCGCGAGGUAAGAUUUCGUUUUCGUGUACAUAUCUUCGGUGUUUCGAGACAAACCGUUUCUCCGUACGUACGUGCACAAGUCCAUUGUGCUUCUCUGUCCGCUAGUGUGUUCCGCGCGAUGAAUCGAGGAUAGCCUUCGAUAAUUACAGUUUCGAUAAUUACUCCCGAGUAAUUACAGUUCGGGAGGAUGCGCGACUAUGUGUCUCCGAUACGAGUGAAUGCAUGCGUGAUUAUAUAUUCACACCACGAGUGGAGCUCCAAUUUUCUCAGGUCAAGAUAUAAUUUAAGACUACCAAGAAUACGUACUGUAAACCGUAAUGAUCAUUAUUUUAAAAUCUUUCUGAACUAUUUUUUCCUUUUAAUACCCAUUUCGCCUACAUCACCCGCGUUAUUAAUUCCGAAAGAUCGAUCAUCGCAAAGUAAUCCGCGAAAUAUUCCGAAGUACCAAGGAGGCGCGACACGCGACUGCGAUAAAACGCGGAAAACCAUAACGCAGAAUGCUUAUCGAUUGUACAUUGCAGAACAAUCAAGUAUAAAGUCGCCGGUUUAUUGCGAGACGUGCGAUUUGAGUCAUG